AUUUGUGUCACGUGGCCUAUGAUGUAUGCGGAAGUACUUGCAAGAAGAAUGCCAAAACAAUCCGGUGGACUCCACGCUGCACAGAAUCUGAAGCCUUGUUAAACAGAGGAAAUGUCGAUUUUCCCACGAAUUUCCCUGAAGCCUGAAGUGACUGAAUAUCUUAAGAGUGUCUUCUUAAACAAGGAGGUUUUAACGGCGGUGGGUCAUCAGGAGGCAGAGCAUCGUUUCCACAAGCUGCUCUCAUGUCUGUCUCACCCACCUUCAUACACCUGCGUACGAGCCAGCACCCAUCUCGCCCCCCUUGAGGAGAUCAGGCAGCAGCUGGCAGAAGAGCUGAGGAAGCAGCUGAUGUGCAGCUCGUUAGCAGAGGAAGUCUCUGUGCAGAUUCUGCCACACCCACGAAUUGCGGAUGUGCUGAUCCUUCCUGUUGAAGGUCCGAGACCUGUGAAGCAGCUCGGCUCAGAGGUGGUGGUGGGCGCUCAGUGUGGCGGCGCCGUACUGAGAGGCGCUCACGUCUUCGCCCCGGGGAUCCUCGGCAGCCCCAAAUACAUGAAGGCGGGGGAUUUGGUGUCCGUCUUCUCUGACCUGGAGGGCAAGUGCACCCGAGGAGCCACCAGCUUCCAGGGGAAAAAGGUAUUUGUGGGUAAUGGAGUAGCUGAAAUGGACCGCUCCACUAUCUUCUGCACAGAUGAGCCUGCCAGAGGUAUCGGUAUCCGAAUGGUGGAGCCGCUUUACAGAAGUCCGUCCUUUGAUGGUGUUUUACCUAGCCUAGCGUUCCUGCAGAACCUCCCGUCUGUGGUUGUGGGACACGUGCUCGGACCUCGCCCUGGGGAGCGCAUCCUGGAUAUGUGCGCUGCGCCUGGAGGGAAGACCUGCCACAUUGCUGCGCUCAUGGGAGAUCAGGGAGAGGUCGUAGCCUUGGACAGGAUCCGGAAUAAGAUCGACCGCAUUCGUCAAAAUGCACAAAUGUUGCAUUUGCAAAGCGUGAAGGCGCACUGCUUUAACAGCACUCUGUCUGUGAGCAGUGACCCAGCACAGGAAACUGAAGGACCUCCGUUCCCUCCGGAGAGUUUCGACCGGGUUCUGCUCGAUGCUCCCUGCAGUGGCCUCGGACAGAGACCCAACAUGGGCAGCACCUGGAGCCUCAAAGAGAUCUGCUCCUACCAGCCACUGCAGCGCAAGUUAUUUCAUGCUGCGGUGCGGCUGCUGAAGAAAGGUGGUGUUUUGGUGUACAGCACCUGCACAGUGACUCUAGCAGAGAAUGAGGAGCAGGUAGCUUGGGCCCUUGACACCUUCCCCUGCCUCUCACUUGUGCCACAGGAGCCCCACAUCGGUGCUGAAGGCAUGCCUGGAGCCGGCCUUCCACCUGAGCAGCUGCGCCUCCUCCAGAGGUUCAGUCCCGAGCUGAGCUGGGAGCAGACGGAAAUUACAGCCCCGCUCCCCUGCAGAGCCGACAGCGACACUAUCGGCUUCUUUAUCGCUAAGUUCCUGAAAAACUAACCCGAGGGCUCGCGCUCUCGCACGGGGCUCAUAUGAGACAGCAAAACGGGAACAAUAGUGUUUAUAUUACGACACUCUGUGUGCUUUGACGGGCCAGUGUUGACAAAGAGCUCCCUGCGCUGUUUACAGCAUCUGCCUCUUAACAGCUGCUCUCUAAAACCGUGGGCCAUAUAGGGAUAAGCUUUAUAAACACCAGGGGAGGGUUGGAUGGAAGAGGGUGGUGGUUGGGGGGCACGUGGCGACGGAGUCUGGAUGAGUAACGGCAAAUGCAGCAGAAGCAGCGCUACGGUUGCUAUAACAACAGUGACGACACAGCUGCCAUGGUGACGGAUUCGCUGGAGAAUGGAUCAGGAAGUAGGUGUAGAAAGAGGCCAUGAGAGGAAUUAACAAUUUAGUGUCUUUGCAGCGCUGGAGACGACUGGGACAUUUAAUUAGGACUUCUGGAGCCUGCAGGAAAGAGGAGACGCAUGUGUUUGGCUCAGUCUCUGCAUUCAUCAGAAGGAAAUGUUGCUCAGUUUUUCAGAAUAAGAGCACAUUUAAAGGGAGGCUGUUUCUGUUUUUGGAAGUGGUUAAGAGUAAAGAUGUGAGAGGAAAAAGAGAUGUUAUUAAAAUGAUGACUUCCAGGAUAUUUAGACCUUUUUUUAAUUUGUUUUUUACUAAUAAAAUAAGAGUUAAUUUAGAUAAUUCCUUAAAAACAAGAUGCCAAAAUAGUCCAGAGGUUUUUUCAUGAUGGUAGAGUUUACUCCUAGAAGACCUUUGCAUAUGAUCUCAAACCAUUUGUCAAUUGUUGUCUAAAUUCCUUUUAACUAAUUGUAUUUAGCAGAGAUUAAAAAGAAUUUUAGCUAAUUUUUUUCCUUUUUCUCUUUUGUUAUUUAUUCCUUUUUAUGCAAGCAAAACACAAAUCGUCUUAUAUUUGAACAUUUAGUCAACACAUCCCAGACAAACGUCACGCACUGACAUUCAAAAAAAUACCGCCACCCCUCAUUUCUUUAUAUUUUGCUAGAAAAACAGGUGCAUAGAAUAUUACUAUACAGGACAAAAAACUGCUAAAGAGCUUGAUAGCCCAAAAAUAGAUAAUUUUCUGGGCUUCAGAGCUCUUCUUUGGAUGUUUGCUGUUUGUGUUUCAUUCUCUGUAAGAUCAUCCCAAACUGCUUCAUUGAUGUUGAGGUCUGGGCCAUGACUGAUAGUGUUCCAUUGUGUCUUUUAUCCAGGUAUUUUUUUUAUUGCAUUGGUAAUAAUUUGGAUGCAUUGCUCAAUCAGACCUGUUACCACUGAUUUUAAGCUAAGUUCUUGCAUAACUUGGCAUACCUCAAAUUAAAUGUUCUCCCUGUUUGCUUUCCUAAUCAUUGGCUUCUUGACAGCCAUCGAUUGUUUUUGCCUAAAUAUACAAUUUAGUUGCUUCUUUUCUCUGUUGUAUGUUGUACAACACUGGCUCGUCUCUUCAGUUAGGUGCCUUUUGUGCUUAAAUUACUAAUUAAAAUGGUUUGUUAGACAGAAAAGGCUUAAAACGUUACAGAAACAUCUGGCACUUUUUCAUAUUCAUUAGAAUAUUUGGGGUCUAGAUAUUUGGUGCGAUGAAAAUCGACAUUCAAUGGCAUCUUAUUUCUCUGUGUGAUCUUAUGAUCUUCAAUUUUUCAAAGCUUUCUGAUGUUCCCAUAAUGAAAGGCUUGGUAAAAUAAUUGAUUCUCCACUUCCACUUCAUAUCUGCUCACACACAUUAUACUGUGUUACAUAUUGCUACAUGUUCACACGUGCUUAUGGUUGCCAAAUAUAGGAACUAAUUUAUUCAGUGCAAAUUUAAAAUGGAUGUCCAAUAAAUCCGCAGCCUGUGUGCAAUUUAUAGAUCCGUGCCAGCAGUGCACCGACAUCUGUCCCGUUCU